GACAUUUUUUCCUUGCAGGUUAUUUCGUCUGUGAUUUUCGCCGUAGUUUGUGGCUUUCUGUUUAAGCCUGCAAACUUAUCGGCAAUCGACUAUGGACCCGUUAAAAUCAUUGUCAGAGAGAGUCCUGAUGCACUAACAGAUAUCGUUCAUCAAGGAGAAAACUUUUACUUCAAACAUUAUGUGAACUCCCCAUCAUCGCAUUUCGAGGCCAUAAUGUCAUUGAUACAACAAGAUGCGUCGAGACUCGAAGAAGAAACCGAAGAACUCCAGAAAAUUUUAAAACCAUUCAUACGUCAUGAAACAAAAUCAAAAGAUCGAGUUUCAAAAGUUCAGCCACUUCCAAAACCAUCUCCUCUGCCAGUCCCAGUAAUCUUGGAAGAUAAGGAACCUGAACUCAUCAUAUCAAACCAACAACAAAUUUCAGUGGAAUCGAUAUCACCACAGAUAAUCGACAUGCCUGCAGUUAUUGAAGAGAUAAGUCUAGAAGGACCAGAUGAAAACAAAGAAAACUCUGUAAUUAUCCCAGAAGAAGAUUUUAGCGACGUAAAAAUGGAAGGACUGGAAGAGAACAUAGUGGUUCCAGAGGUUACUGUAUUGACACUUGGAACAAUAGAUAACCCUGUAAUAAUGGAAGAAGUCAAACUAGAAGAUCAAAAAAUAGAGAAAGAAAACAUUUUAGUGGUUCCAGAAGCAGUUACGCAGAUAUCAGUUGUUGACCCUGUAUUCGUUGAAGAAGUGAAGCCAGAUGCUCCAAAAGUUUCAGAGAAAGUCCAAAAUACGCUGUACCUGAGCUCUGUAAUAAUUCCAGAAAAUCCAGUAUUAUCACAUUUAUCAACUAAUGGCUAUGCUGUAUCUGUUGAACAAGUAAACGCAAAAGAACCAAAAGUACACGAUGACAGUGGUGCAGCAAUUUUAGAAACUCCUGUGAUACCUGAACCAUUUAAUAAUAGUCCUACAGUUGUUGAUGAAAUAGAAAUAGAAGAACCAGAAUUCAACAAGGAUAAUAUUAUAGUGGUUUCAGAAGCACCUGUUUAUUCACCUCUGUUGGUUCAAAAUAACUCUGCAGUCAUUGAAGAAAUUAAAUAUGAAGAACCAAAAAUAAUUGAGGAAUCGCAAAAUUUGAUGCACUUAAGCCCCGUAAUUAUACCAGAACCAUCGACUUUAUCACCACUUGUAUCAAUUAACAACGAUUAUCUUGCAGACGGUGAAGAUUUAAAGGUCAAUGAAAUAGAAGUAUCUAAGGAACCAGACAAUACAUUAUAUCUGAGUUCUUUGAUAAUUCCUGAAGCUCCAGUAUUGCCACCUUUACCGGUUAGCAACUACAACAUGGCUGCUGAACAAGAGUAUGGAAAGGAACUAAAACUACAUGCACUCAGCGUUGAAACAGUUUCAGAAACUCCGCUAUUUCCUGGACCAGUCCAUAAUAACCCUGCAGUUGCUGAAGAAGUUAAAGUAGAAGAACCACAUGUAUACAAAGAAAGUAUCAUAGAAGUUCCAGAAGCUCCAGUGUUGCCUCUUCUAUCAAUUGACAAUAAUCCUGAAACACUGAAACAAAUUGAAAUAGAGGAACCAAAGAUCAAUAAGGAAAAUAUUAUAGUGGUUUCAGAACCCGUGUUGGUUGAAAAUAGUCCUACAGUUAUUGAAGAGGUCAAAAUUGAAGAACCAAAAAUAUCUGAGAAAUCAGAAAAUUUGCUACAUGUGAACUCUGUUGUAGUUCCAAAAAUACCGAUUUUACCACCACCUUCGUCGAUUAACAGUUAUACUACAGAUGGCGAAAAAGGAAAGGACGAAGAACCAAAAGUAUCUGAGGAACCUGAGGAUACAAUGUAUCUAAGGACUGUAAUAGUUCCAGAGGCUCCAGUAUUACCACCUUUACCGGUCAACAACUACAAUAUAGCUGCGGAACAAGAGUAUGGAAAAGAACCAAAAUUACAUGCACCCAGGGUUGAAACAGUUUCAGAAACUCCUCUGUUUCCUGGACCAGUCCAUAAUAACCCGGCAGUUGCUAAAGAAGUGAAAGUAGUAGAACCACAUGUAUACAAAGAAAGUAUCAUAGAGGUUCCAGAAGCUCCAGUGUUGCCUCUUCUAUCAAUUGACAAUAAUCCUGAAACACUGGAACAAAUUGAAAUAGAAGAACCAGAGAAUAUUAAGGAAGAUAUGAUAGUGGUUUCAGAACCUGUAUUGGUUGAAAAUAGUCCUGCAAUUAUUGAAGAGGUUAAAAUUGAAGAACCAAAAAUAUCUGAGAUAUCAGAAAAUGUGAUACAUCUGCACUCUGUUGUAAUUCCAGAAAUACCGAUUUUACCACCUUUCUCGAUUAACAGUUAUACUACUGAUGGCGAAAAUAGAAAGGUCGAAGAACCAAAAGUAUCUGAGGAACCUGAGGAUACAAUGUAUCUGAGGUCAGAACCUUCAGAAUUGCUACCUUUACCUGUUAACAACUAUGAUAUAGCUAUUGAACAAGUAAAUGUAGAAGAACCAACUUUGCAUGAACACAGAGUUGAAAUAGUUUCAGAAACUCCUCUGUUUCUUACACCAGUCCAUAAUAACCCUACAGUUGCUGAAGAAGUGAAAAUAGAAGAACCACGUGUAUACCAAGAAAGUAUCAUAGAAGUCCCAGAAGCUCCAGUGUUGCCUCUUCUAUCAAUUGACAAUAAUCCUGUAACUCUGGAACACAUUGAAAUAGAAGAACCAAUGAUUAAUAAGGAAAAUAUUAUAGUGGUUUCAGAACCUUUGUUGGUUGAUAAUAGUCCUGCAGUGAUUGAAGAGGUCAAAAUAGAAGAACCAAAAAUAUCUGAGAACUCAGAAAAUGUGCUACAGUUGAGCUCUGUUGUAGUUCCAGAAAUACAGAUUUCAUCAUCACCUUUCUCGAUUAACAAUUAUCCUACAGAUGACGAAAAUAUAAAGUUCGAAGAACUAAAAGUAUUUGCAGAACCUGAGAGUACAAUGUAUCUGAGGUCAGAACCUUCAGAAUUGCUACCUUUACCUGUGAACAACUAUGAUAUAGUUAUUGAACAAGUAAAUGUAAAUGAACCAACUUUGCAUGAACACAGAGUUGACGUAGUUUCAGAAGCUCCACUGUUUCAUGAAGCAGUUCAUUAUAACCCUGCAGUUGUUGAAGAAGUGAAAGUAAUAGAACCACAUGUAUACGAAGAAAGUAUCAUAGAAGUCCCAGAAGCUCCAGUGUUACCUCUUCUAUCAAUUGACAAUAAUCCUGCAACUCUGGAACAUAUUGAAAUAGAAGAACCAAAGAUUAAUAAGGAAAAUAUUCUAGUGGUAUCAGAACCUGUUUUGGUUGAAAAUAGUCCUUCAGUUAUUGAAGAGGUUAAAAUAGAAGAACCAAAAAUAUCUGAAGAAUCAGAAAAUGUGCUACAUUUGAGCUCUGUUGUAGUUCCAGAAAUACCAAUUUCACCACCUUUCUCGAUUAACCACUAUUCUGCAGAUGGCGAAGAAGGAAAGGUUGAAGAAGCAGAAGUAUCUAAGGAACCCGAGAAUGAAAUAUAUCUGAGCUCUGUAAAAAUUCCAGAAGCUCCAAUGUUACCACCAUUAUCUAAUGAAAGGAAAGAAGAAGUAUACAAAGAGAGCAUUGCUGUGAUACCAGAAGCUCCUACGUUGCCCCCUGUACUUGUUAAUAAUAACUCAGCAGUUUUUGAAGAAGUUAAAGUAGAGGAACCAAAAGUAUCUGAAGGGACAAAAAAUACUCUACAUUUAAGUUCUUUGGUAGUUCCAGAAUAUCCGGUAUUACACGAAAAUUCACUUAAAGACAUAUCUACCGUUGAAAAACAAAUUGAAGAACAAGAAUCCAUCAGCUUAAGACAAUCAGUAACAAAACAGAAUCCAGAAGACGUAUAUGUUGUUGAGGCCAAGUCAACAGAAAAGCCAAACCAUUUUGAGCCCAAACGUCUUGAAAAUGAAGGCAUUCUAGAAGCUCCUGUUUUACCUGCUCCAAAACGUACAGAUGUUUCUGCUGUUAAAAAGAACGACAAGCCGAAAGAUAAGAUGUAUAAUCAUGCAGAAUCUCCCGAUUUACCUCCUCUGUCACUUAGAGAUUUACUACUACACAAAGAAAACGAGAGAUUGGAAGAUUUUCUUCCUCACGUCCCAGAAUAUCAUUUCGUUUCGAAAAUUGAGGCCGUUCCAAAAUAUGUCUCUGAAGAACAUGAGAUCCCAGAACAAAAAAAGAAGUUAAACGAGGAGUUACCACACCUACUAAGGGUCUCACACUACCCGAAACUUAAAACCCUACCAGAUGCACCAAUUCUACCUCCUCUAUCACUUUCUGAUUUCCCAUAUCCAAAAAAAUAA